GAAGCAGGAGCAUGAUGAAACCGGCCGCGUUUGCCCAUUAAUUGCCUUCCAACUACUAUAACUGGGCCAUAAGCUUCCACUGCUGCUACGUUACAAACUAUUUCUUCGUUCCUUCCUUCCACCGAAGAUCCUCUCUCUCUCUCUCUCUUUCUGUGAAAAACGCCAAGAAAAAGAAAUUUUUAUUAGAAUUAAGUAAGCUGGAAACGGAAACAGAUAUACAGACAUAAACCAAUAACUUAAGCAAUGAGUCAAUGAGUCUGGACUCUUAAGGACAAGGUGGUAGUAAUGCUAUUGCUCUUUUUCUGGACUGAAAUUUUGUAGAAUUUGAGGAGAAAGAGAAGCAUGUUCAAGCUGCAUAGGCACAAGUCACUCAAACCUGGGGAGAAGGUUGAUUUCAGGCUUUCUAGUUUUCAGGCACUUCAGGUACCGAAAGGAUGGGACAAGAUUUUGGUAUCUUUAGUUUCUUUGGAAACUGGAAGGACAACUGCCAAGACGAGUAAGGCAGUAGUAAGGAAUGGAACUUGUCAAUGGACUGAAACUCUGACAGAAUCUAUAUGGAUUUCACAAGAUGAUGCUUCAAAGGAGCUUGAAGAGUGUCUCUUUAAGCUUAUUGUUUCCAUGGGUUCAUCAAGAUCUAGUAUUCUGGGAGAGGUCGUUAUCAAUCUAACAAACUACUUAAGCUCAAGAGCUUCUGUUCUUGUUUCAUUUCCAUUGAAGAAAUGCAAUCAUGGAACAAUUUUACAAGUCAAAAUCCAGUGCCUUGCACCAAGAAGAGACAGGGCUGAACAAUGGAAAGAAACAAAUCCCCAGCCGGAAGAUCUCAAUACAGACUAUAAUGAUAUGGAUAGUAGGUCAGAUGGGUCUGACAUCAUCUUCACUACAAGUGUUGGAUCUACUUCUAGUAACCAUUUGGGAAACACAUCUCAUCAAGGAGAUCUUGGGAGUAGGGACCCAAGUUUUUCAGCAUCAGAGUCACGCCAUAGCUCUGACUCAGCUGAUGGUUCCAUAGACAGGGUAAGCUUCUCCCCUGGGAACAAUUUAAAUGAUGGUGUAUAUAAUCUGAUUGGAAGGCAAGAUUCAACUGGCUCCCCAAAUAGUAUUCCAUAUGGAACUUAUCCUUCUGGUGAUCUGUCUCGAUCCAAUCAUUCAUCGUUUAAUUCAAGGGCCUCAGGUUCAAGCAACCAUCACCAGAAUCAGCAUCCAGUGACUGCCAUGUCAUCCAUGAAGAAUGUUGGUUCUUCUAAAGAAUUGCUUGAUGUUGCAGAAGAAACAAUUGAGGAGCUCCGAGCAGAAGCUAGGAUGUGGGAAAGAAAUGCCCGGAAGUUAAUGUUUGAUCUGGAAAUAGUGAAGAAGGAAUGUUCUGACCAGUCCCAGCGGCAAGCUGAUCUUAAUAUGGAGCUUUCAGGAGCAUACAGUGAGCGUGAUGGGUUGAAACAGGAAAUUGAACAACUGAAAACACUAUUGGAGGAAUCAACAGAGAAAAAAACAGCAACAGAAAGUUCAAGUUUUCAGGCAGAAGGUAUAACCCAUAUUCAGAAGGAAUUAGAGGAUGAGAUAAAAUUUCAGCAGGAAUCCAAUGCAAAUUUGACUCUGCAGAUGCAAAAAACUCAAGAAUCAAACAUUGAGCUUGUUUCUAUUCUUCAGGAAUUAGAAGAGACCAUAGAGAAGCAGAGGUUGGAAAUAGAUAAUCUUUCAGCACUUCAAAGUUGUAACUGUAGAAAUGAUGAUAGUGGGGAAUUAAAUUUAACAAAGGGAUCUUCACUUGAGAAGACAAGAAAGGCCUCAUCUAAUUUGGAUGGAGCGGUUGAUGACACAUCUAAUUUGGUGUCCCAGCUGAUGGAGCUGCAGGAAUCCCAAAAGAGUUUGCAAACUACUGUACAGAUGCUAGAGAAAGCCCUGGAAGAAAAAAACCAGAUGAUUGAGGUUGAGCGGAGCCCGAGGAACCAAACCGUAUUGGAUGUUGAGGCUGAAUGGAGACAUAAGCUAUCCAUGAAAGAAGAAUAUAUAAUUAACUUAGAAGCAAAGUUAUCUGGUAGUCCUAGUUCUGAGGACAUAAGGUUGGAUGGUGGAGGUGAUCCUGAUCUUACCAAGGAAAUCCAAGCAUUAAAAGCAAAAGUCCAGGAGCUAGAGAGAGAUUGCAAUGAGCUCACAGAUGAAAACCUUGAGCUUAUACUUAAGCUUGAGAAAUCAAAAAAGGAUCUCCAAUCAGGAGCUUCUUUUAAUGAGGUUGAUGUUUUUACCAGUACUUCUGAGCCUAAAGUCAGCAACCCUGGAUCCCAAAUACUCCAGCUGGAAGAUGAACUGAAUAGAAAAGAGAUGUUUAGUGAAGGAGUUGCCACCAGCCACUUACAAGGUCAAUUGAUAGAUCUUCAGGAAAAAUGUACUGAACUGGAGUUUCAGCUGCAACUCUCUAAGGAUAAAGCCUGUAAUCUUGAUUCCCAACUUCACAAAAGACAGGCUGAAAUGCAAGAACGAGAAUUAGAAAUUACUGCAUUGCAACGACAGUUGAAGGGGUAUCAAGAAAGAAAAACUGACAAAGAGGACCAACUCUUUGUUUCUUGUGUAAGAUCUGAAAAUUCUGACCCAAACUUUCCCAUAGAAAUCUCAAGGAUAUUCACUGAAUUAGAUAAUCAACUUCGGUUGGCAUUAGCUCAUGCAAGGAAGUCAUGUUGUAGUGUUUGUUCUCAUGAAAAUACUAACUGUGAAGAUGAUCUUGAUAGUUUAGCAAUAUUGAGCAGUACAGAUACAAUUUGUCUCAAAGAACAAGCUGAGGCUAUCUUAAGCAAUUUUAUUUUGCUGAAUAAAUUAUUGGAAGCAAAGAUUAAGUGUGAAGAUGCACUUCAAAAUAAGGUAGAUAUCAAGGAGAGGGAUGUAGAUGAUUCUGAAGCACAAAAGAAGUUUGACCAAUGCAGUUUGAAUGAGAAUGCUCGUCUUUCAAUUGAAGAAUGUGAGAGUUUGGAAAUGAAACUGGAGGAUGGAGUUGCUGAUUUGAGAAAGGAACUGGUGGCAAGGCAAUCUGAGGUAGAGGAGCUUGCAGCUAGCUUGUCUCUAAAGAUAGAAGAGGUUGAUGAUCUUAGGCUAUCUCAUAGAAAGAUAGAGUCUCAGGUUUCUACUCUUCAAAAGGAAAAAAACCAUUUGGAGGAGAAUAUGGAAAUUGUACUCAGGGAAAAGAGUAUUGCAUCAAAAUGUUUGGAUGAUGUACGACAUGAUUUGAUGGUUCUUAGCAACAGCGUGGCUUCCUAUGCUUCUGCAAAUAAGACUCUUCAAAGGAAAUGCUCAGAUCUAGAAAGUGAAAAGCAUGAAUUGGAAGUUCAUUUGUGUGAUCUAGAAGAAGAGAACAUAAAGUUAUCAGAACGCGUAUCUGCAUUUGAAGCUCAGUUAAGAUAUUUGACAGAUGAAAAGGAGUCCAGUCGCUUGGAACUAGACAAUUCAAAAUCUCUUGCCAGUAAUCUCCAAGAUGAGAUUGGAAGGUUGGUAACUGAAAUAGAGGCUCAAAAAGUAGAUUUCAAACAAAAAUUACAGGACAUGCAAAAGCGAUGGUCAGAAUCUCAAGAAGAAUGUGAAUAUCUGAAGAGAGCCAAUCCAAAAUUGCAAAUUACAGCUGAAAGUCUCAUUGAAGAAUGCAGCUCUCUUCAGAAGCUGAAUGGAGAAUUGAGGAAUCAAAAGCUAGAGUUGCAUGAGCGCUGCAUGCACUUGGAGUCCCGACUGUUGGAAUCAAGAAUAAAAUUCUCUGAUUGCUCCAGCAAAGUUGAACUUUUAGAGAGAAAACUUUCCUUAGUAUAUGAAGAUACUACCUUGAAAGAGAAACUCCUGAGUUCAGAACUGGAUGCUCUACUCCAUGAAAACAAGGAGCACAAAGAGAAACUUGUUCUGGAGAUGAACUUAAUAAAUCAGAAGUACUUGGACAAAACUGCCGAAGUUGAGAAGCUCCAAAGAGAGGUAGCUCACCUCAUUGAUCAGAUAUCAGCAACUCAUGAUGAAAGAGAAAGAUUAGCCUCAGAUGCAAUACUUGAAGUACCAUGUUUACGUGCUGAUAAAGCAAAACUGGAAGAUUCUCUUCAAGAGGUCCAAGCUAAAGUUGAGUCAUCUGAGAAUGAACUAGCUACUCUCCGAGUAGAAAAUGCUGCAAAGAUUCAAGCCUUGGUCGAUGAACUUACUGUGUCCAGGCAAAGCCAUGAACUGCUAAUUUCUGACCAUGGGAAACUAAUGAGAUUGUUAGAGGAUGUAAAAUCUAGUGAAGAGAAAUUUAGAAGUACUUCCAAUGGUCUUGAACGAAAACUUACAUCGUGUGAGUAUGAAAGGCAACAACUAUUGGAAGAAAUUGCCAGCUUGAAAACUCAGUUGCAGAAAAUAUCACAACUUCAGGACGAAGUUUUGUCUCUUAAGAACUCACUCAAUGAAACCAAGUUUGAGAAGGAAAAACUGGAGUCUUCAUUGCAGCUACUGUCCGGAGACUUUGAAGAAUUGAAAGCAGAAAGGGUCUCAUUGAUUGAGAAAGUUUCUAGCAUGCAGGAGGCUGUUUCUGAAUUAGAGGAUUGUAGACAUAGCAAAGUUGCCCUAGAAGAAAAGGUUCUGAGGCUGAAGGGUGAUCUAACUGCAAUAGAAGCAUUAUGUGCUCAGGAUGCUGAGCUGAAAAAUGAGCUUAGCCGAAUUAAGAGAACCAGUUCUCAAUUUCAGAGGAAGAUACAACACCUGGUGGAGGAGAAAGAUGAGUACCUCAAGAGGGUUCAAGUUCUUGAAGAGGAACUUAAACAGAAAAGAGAAGAAAAACAAUUACAAAGUGAGUCCAGCAAUAAAGAUUUGUCUGAAUAUUCUGAAUCCAAUACCAAUGUUUUCACAAUUCAUGAAGAACUGAACCCAGAGGAAAAGACGGAAAAUAUCAAUCGACAUGGUGAAAACCAAAAAUUGCCAUCCAAGAAGGCUGAUCAGUUUUCAGAAGAUCGACCCAAUCUAAUUGCUGACCAAUACCUGGGAGAGGGUAAUAACUUUCAUCAUAAUGACCAUAGAAGCCCCAAAGGCAUAGAAGUUGAUCCUCUAUCAAGGAUCCAGGUUCUUGAGAAUGAACUUUCCGAGGCUCUGGAGGCAAAUGAUAUGUAUAAAGAACAGCUUAGGAGUCUACUAUCUGAAGAGAAAAACAGCCAUGUAGAUCAUCCAAAUACCACUGAAGGUGAAGGUGUUGUAAGAAAAGAAGGAAACCAACGCAAGGCAUCAUCCCUAGAGGCAGAGUUGAGAGAAAUGCGUGAGCGGUAUUUCCAGAUGAGCCUCAAAUUCGCCGAUGUAGAAGCUCAACGCGAGGAACUCGUCAUGAAGCUCAAGGCUCAAAAGAGUGGGAAGAGGUGGUUCACAUGAAUCAUCUGCUUUAGCAUCAAAUUUUUUAUAUCCAAUUCUCAUUUUUUUGAUAAUUAUUCUUAAUUUUUUGGUCCUUAUUCAUAUUCAAUAAAAUCCAAGGGAGGAGGAUUCUUGUAAAAAGGAAAGGGAACUGGCCAAAGCACCAAGUAUAGAAUGUCAAUUGCGAUAAUUUGCUCAUAUGAUAUGGCAUCAUUGAAUGUAAUUACAGAAGGAAAA